CUGGGGGGCUGGGAAAAAGUAGUAGAAAAUUUCAGGAAGGAAAAAAAAAAAAGGCACUACGCUUUUUUGGAUCACUGAAAGAAAGGAACUAACGUGGAGGCUGGCCCAACACCACGGAGAUCCAAACACCUCUCUCUUCCUCCUGGUCUCCAUUUCCCAACCUUGAGUGAGUUCUGACCAACCAGUUCAGCAGAGUGACAGUCAACCUACUAUCUCGUGGUUUCUAUCAAGUUCCUGGUUUUCAUCUGUUCCUGAAGACAAGCAAGAACUCUGUGUCUAACAGUCUCAACUUGGAGCGUCCACUGAGACAUUCUGAAAAGGUUGUUGCGUGACUCACAGGUGAAAAACUACAAACAGCUUUCCAACACUUUUCAAGGAGUUAGUGAGGCCAUGUGAAUUACAACUUGGAAAUACGUCCCAAUAAAUACAGAAGCUAUUCUUACAACAGCCUCACAGCCAAAGGUCACAGCCAGGCAUGGGAAAGAUCCUGCCUCCUCCUGCUAGCUGAAGCGCUCACUUACCAGCAGGAGUCCAGGCAGAAAGCAAAGCAGAUUUCCCUCAACAUCAGAUGUUACACCCAGUGGCUGAGCCAGUCUUGCCUUCCGAAACCACACGAGACUAGAUAAACUGGAUCAUUCGUGAAGAAACACCCUGGCCACUUCAAGAUGACAAGCGCUCACUGGGCUAAAUUACUUCAUUGAAAGGAAACCUCAUAUUGGACAAAAUUUUUAAAAAGGCCACGCCUUCGAAGUUACCAGACCAUGAAUGCCACCACCACCCCACCUGCGGAGGGGUCCUGCCCCUCCAGCACCCUCAUCACCAAGCAGAUCAUCCCCGUGCUGUACUUCGUGGUCUUUGUGGCCGGCAUCCUGCUCAAUGGCAUGUCAGGGUGGGUGUUCUUCUACGUGCCCAGCUCCAAGAGUUUCAUCGUCUAUCUCAAGAAUAUUGUCAUUGCCGACUUCCUGAUGAGCCUGACUUUUCCUUUCAAGAUCCUGGGGGACUUGGGCCUGGGCCUCUGGCAGGUAAAAGUCUUUGUGUGCAGGGUCUCGGCCGUGCUCUUCUACAUCAAUAUGUACGUCAGCAUCGUGUUCUUCGGACUCAUUGGCUUUGACAGAUAUUAUAAGAUUGUGAAGCCUCUGUUGACUUCUUUCAUCCAGUCCAUAAGCUACAGCAAACUCCUGUCAGUGCUGGUGUGGAGCCUCACACUGCUCAUCGCCCUUCCCAACAUGAUCCUGACCAAUCGGAGCGUCACAGAGGCCACACGCGUGAAAUGUAUGGACCUUAAGAGUGACCUGGGCCUCAAGUGGCACAAAGCCUCCAGCUACAUCUUUGUGGGCAUCUUCUGGAUUGUGUUUCUUUCCUUAAUCAUCUUCUACACUGCUAUCACAAAGAAGAUCUUUAAGUCCCACCUCAAGUCCAGAAAGAAUUCCGUAUCAGUCAAGAAGAAAUCUAGCCGUAAUAUAUUCAGCAUUAUGUUCGUCUUUUUUAUCUGCUUUGUACCUUACCACAUUGCCAGAAUCCCCUACACACAGAGCCAAACAGAAGCUCAUUACAGCUGCCAGUCAAAACAAAUCCUAUUCUAUGUGAAAGAAUUCUCUCUGCUACUGUCAGCUGCAAACGUAUGCCUGGACCCCAUUAUUUAUUUCUUUCUAUGCCAGCCAUUUAGAGAGGUCUUGUGUAAGAAAUUUCAUAUCCGAUUAAAAACUCAGCAUGACUCAGAAACUUCCAAAAUCAAAAGGGAAAAUAUAAUACAAGAAAGCACAGAUACUUUGUGAAUUCCCACCUCCUUUCAAAUAAAGUUCAUGCAUGCAUACUGUAAUCUUAAAUUCUGUAACAAAACAAAAUGAAUACACAUGUCCACAAUAGUAUCAUCUCUAGGCAUUACUAUUCAAUUUAGUGGAAUAAUAAAGGUAACAGGUAAGUUUCCAUGCAUAUUUUGUAACAUCAAAGAAAAAAAUAAUACAUUAUUUAAUCUUAUCCCAUCAAAAUAGAAGGUUUAAAAGUAUAAUCAGUAGUCUGGUCAGUUCAUACAGAACUUUAAACAGCAAAUACAUAGGAAGCAAUAAAGACAAUUCACAGGUGUGUCUUCUAAAAACAAGAAUCAAUUUAUACAAUUUUUUUCAACAAGGUCAUUAAAGACCAACGUAAAAGCAGGCAGAGUUGAUAUGGACUUAUAGGGCAGUUUGUACUGAAAAAGUCAAGUUUUCUCUGAUUUGAAGAACCUGGGUAAGCAGACACUGAGAAAAUUACUUAAGAAAUCCCCAACUGAUUUAUUUCAUCACAUUUCAAAGGAAAGCAGAUAUAAAUUCUGUACACUGCAGCAAAAAGUGUAAUUUUUCUCUGAUAGCAUUUUGAGGAUAAGGUAACUUUUAAAUUCUUUAUAUGAAGAUUAGCUAAGCCACUUAAUGAGCAUGGGGUUCUGGUCUUAGAAUAUGUUUAAGUGAACUCUACAGAGACAAUCUAGGUAGUGGCAUGGGUUGCAAGCAACUUCCUCUGCUCAAUGGUAUGCAAAAAAUAUAUAUACAGGCUGACGGGGGAAAAGGCAUAUGCACACAAAUACCCCCCAGGCUGGUAACAUACAUUAUUCUCUAAGAGUAGAAAGAAACAGUUUUUGUAGAAAGCAACUGGACUUCAUAAAAAAGAAAAUCUAAAAUUUAUGAGUGAUAAAUUACACACGAAAUGAAAAUUAACAUAUCACAUUUUAUGAAAAACAAAUUUCAUGUGUGCAGAUAUAGGAUAUGGCUGCUGGCUUUGUGAGUUAUCAAAACUAAAUUCUUUCCUUGCUAUUAACUUGACUGAAGAUAUUUAGCCCAACUUUCAAAUGUUCUUCUCAAACAUUUUCAUAUGUCAUGUUUAUAUAUUUUUUUUCAAGCCCUAUCAUAUAUGAACUAAUAAAAAAUAUUUUUCAUAGUGUCCAUUUUUCUCUUAGUAGACAAGAUAUUAUUAAAAAACAGUACCAGAUUUCCUCAGUCAAGACAUGGGUGGUUUCCUUAGUACACUUGAUCACACAUGCUAAUAAAAGACACAGAAAGAAGGCAUAGGAAUACCCAGGUAAGAGUUAUAUAGAGUACUUUUGAAAUCCUAUUUGCCACUGACUUUUCAAAAUAAGUAUUUCUAUGUUCUAGGACCUCAUCAAAUUUUAGACAAAAGUGAAAGGGCACAUUUUAAACUGAGGAAGAUCUGGAAAGGUCUUCACACUCUGUAUCCACCUUCCACUCUCUGCUCCCAACUCUGGGUCAAACACUCUCUUCCAAAAAGAUCAAAUCACAAUUCUAUCAUAGGCAUGCCCAGCAAAACUAAGCUUGCUAUAGCAUUUGUCUGGCUAAAUAUAUUUGCAAAAGAAAGUAGCUUGUUUUUAUUCAAUUUCCAUUGUUCAGGGCAAAUUAUUACAUACUGAUGUUUAACAUGCCCCUACUGCCGCACCAGAGGAGAAACUGAAAGUAUACAAGAAGAUAGGAACCACCAAGAAAUGCCUCUGUAACCAGUGUGGCUAAGCAAAUUGGAAAUAUGAAAGGCAAUAUUUUUCAGGAAACAAUAUGCAAUGCAAAUAAGGAUAGGUGAAGCAAGAGCUGAAUAACAGCUACUGCAUAUCAGAACUUGUAAAGUAAAAGAUCUAUACUUGUAAAAGUGUAAGACACUGAAGAAACACAAACCAAUGCAAAGAUAUAUGGUACUCACAAACUGGAAGAAUUAACACUGCUAACAUGAUCAUACUACCUAAGGCAAUCUACAGGUUCAAUGCAAUCCCUAUUAAAAUAUCAAUGGCAUUGUUUACAGAACUAGAACAAAUAAUUCUAAAGUUUAUAUGAAAAUACAAAGGCCUCUGAAAAGCCAAGAUAAGCUUGAGAAAGGAGACCAAAGUUGGAGGUAUCACACUCCCUGAUUUCAAACUAUACUACAAAGCUAUAGUAACCAAAACAGGAUGGUACUGGCACAAACAAAGACAUAUAGAUCAAUGGACUGGAUAAAAGGCCCAAAAAUGAACUCAUACGUACACAAUCAAUUAAUCUACAAAAAGGAGGCAAGAAUAUACAAUGGAGAAAA